CCUUCACAGAAACAUUAAACACAGAAAAAAGUACAAUUACAGAAGCAAAGAGAGGGGAUGGCUUGUGUAGCUGUAACUAUUGUUGUGAGGACAAUAGAGCUUGGGCUCUUGCAAUCUCAGCCUGGUCCAGUUGCAAUAGAAAACUAAUUCAUUUGCCUGAGACUCUAACCCUGUCAAGAAUCUAUUGGAUCUUUGAUCCAUCUCUAUUUGAUCAGUGGAAAAAACAAAAAACAGUGGCCCUCCAACUCUUGAAUUAUUGCACCAGUUAAAGUUGGAGAAAAGUAGACGAAUCUUUCGAGUUGGAAAGCUAAAGCUUAAAAAAGCUGUCGGCAUGGAUCAGAAUUAUUGCAGUCAUCAGAUCAUAUUCCAUUCAUCAUCUUGCUUCAGUUGCUUCUGCAAACCUUCUCUCUCAUUUACAUUACACCUACACCAAUACAGAGUUACAGAGAUCGAUCGAGAUUGAGAAGAAUGGCUUGUGUGGUUGUACUUUCUCUUAUGAGGACACUUGAGCUUGAGUUCUUGCAACCUCUCCCUCGUCCAAUUUUACAACAAAAGGAACUCAUCCCCUGCAACAAAGACUUGGUCCUAUCUCUCCACAACAAGCUUGGAUUUGUUUUGGAACUAUUCGAUGAGAGUAGAAUGGAUGGUGUUGAAGCAAUAAAAGAAUUGGAAACAAAGCUCAGAGAUGUAGCUUCCAGGAUUGAAAAUGAAAUUGAACUUCAAGUAGUACAUCUUUAUAAGGAAGAAGAAGAAGAAGAAGAGGAAAACAGAAUUUUUAAAGGAAUUUUGGAUAUUUUUGGCAGGUUUGUGGAUCAGACAUUUCAGCCACCGGAGGAGGGGGAGGGGAAGGGAGAGGGAGAAGAAGAAGAAGAAAGAAAAAUGCCACAGGGUGAGAAAAGCACUCAUCAUUGCCAGAGGCUUCAUCAAAUUUUGCAUCCGCUAAGGGGAAAAUCACAUCCUUGUCUCAAAUUCCGUCGUAUUUUGUACCGAGCUGUACAAGACAUUGAUGCCAUCACUCAAGAGUUGGCAAAAGCCAAGGAGGAGUACCAGCUUUUCGAACAUCAUCUACAAGCAGGAAAAAAGGCAGCUGCCCCCCUUAAUGUUUUACCAAUACCUACUCAUCAAGGUAUCACCAUGCCUGAUUCUUCCCACCAUGUUUCACCCUCCAAAGAAAUAAUGGUAGGAAAACAGGAUGAGUUCGAGAGUAUAAAGGAGAUGCUAAUCCAACAUCCAUCUAAGCAACUAGAAAUUGUCUCCAUUAAAGGUAUGGGAGGUAUUGGUAAGACAACAUUAGCAAAAAAAAUUUAUGAAGAUCCAUCAAUCACUUCCCAUUUUGAUAAGCGAACAUGGACUGUCGCAUCACAACAUCACAGUCAGAGGCAAAUGCUCUUACAUCUUCUUGGUUCCAAAGACGAUGCAGACAAAAGAAGUGAGGAAGACCUAGCAUUACAACUCUACCAAAGUUUCAAGCGUCAAAGAUACAUGGUUGUGAUGGAUGACGUAUGGAGUGUAGAGGCAUGGGAUGCUCUCAAAACUUGCUUUCCUGAUGAUGGAUAUGGUAGUCGAGUAUUGUUGACUACUCGCAUUGGUGAGGUGGCUAAUCAUAUCUGCACCCAAAAUGAUUUUUCUCAUCAAAUGCAAUUGUUAGAACAAAGUCAGAGUUGGAAACUAUUUAAUGAAAAGGCAUGUAAAUCUCGCAGUGCUGAAUUUGAAAUAAUUGGAAGACCGGUGGUUGAAAAAUGCAAAGGACUGCCUUUGGCAAUUAUUGUGGUUGCAGGCCUUUUUUCCAAACUCAACACUCUAGAUGAGUGGAAGAAUACUGCCAAUGCUCUAAGUUCUUCUUCAACAACUACUCUAGAUGAUAAAGAAUGUUCGAGAAUACUCUCAUUGAGUUACAAUCAUUUGCCCCAUAACUUGAAAGCUUGUUUCUUAUAUUUGGGAGUUUUUCCAGAAGAUCACGAGAUCAAAGCUAAUCACCUUGCAAAGUUAUGGCUUGCCGAAGGACUUGUAAAGGCAUUUGAGAAUGAAAGCUUUGAUGCAGUGGCUAAUAGGUACGUGCAAGAACUUAUGGAUAGAAAUCUGAUAAUUUUAAGCGAGCUAAGCUCUUGUGGAAGAAAAACUAAGAGGUUUAGGAUGCAUGAUUUAUUGCAUGCCUUUUGUAUGAGAGAAGCUCAAAACGAGAACCUUUUGCAUGUUGUCCAGAGUGAAAAUAGUUCUUAUUUUUCUCAAAAAGGUUUUCGCUGGGUAAGCAUACAAUAUGAAGAUUUUGACGUGUCUACAAUACAUCAUUUUACUUGGAAAAACUGUAGAUCCUUCUUCAGUUUUGUGCGGAGGAAUUUACAUCCAGAUUUUAGAAAUGUCAAUCUACUGAGAGUACUCUUCUCUUAUCAUAGAUGUAUCAAGUUAAAAAAUAAUGUGAAUCCUGUCCAUUUGAGAUUCCUAAGAGUUGAAAAUAGCAUAGAACUGUCCAGGACUCAUGGAUUCCUAGAGUCAAGAGGUAGAGAGGGUGUAGAAUUGUCAAGGACUUGGAAUCUUCAAACACUUUUUUGUGAGGGAAGAGUAUCAUACAGAUUAGAUGAAGGAGGGAAGUAUUUGAAGUUUCCACAACUACAGGAUAUUCAUUGCAUCGACUCUUUUUGUGGAAAUCCUCCCAAUUUUGUUCAUAAACUUCGUCCGAUAAGAGAUGAUGAUUGCUCAAAAGAAUGGAUUACCAAUAUUCCAGCAUGCUUGAAGAAGGUACAAAUUGAAUGUGAAGGCAACAAGAUUAAUGUUUGCAUUGCGAACUUAGCCUAUUUAGAGCAGCUAGAGGGACUGAAGAUUUUUUAUUUCGGUGGUACACAUAAUCUAAUUAAUAAUGGUAUUGUUCUCUUGAAAAACCUUAGGAAGUUGACAUUAAAUAAUGUUGGAUUUGUGUGUGAUGAGAAAAUUAAUAUUCUUAGCAAGUUACCUAGGCUAGAGGUGCUCAAGUUAGAAUGGAAGCCAUUCGUAGGCAAAGAAUGGGAAAUACAAGAGGAAGUGGUAUUUCGCCAGUUAAUUGCUUUAGUUAUCAUUGGUUGUGAUCUCAAGCAUUGGAAAGCUAGUAGCCAAAAUUUUCCAAAACUUGAGCACCUAUCUAUUAUGUAUUGCCGUGAAUUGAGAGAGAUCCCAAUUGGCUUUGCUGAAAUUUCAACAUUGAAGUCAAUCAAAUUACUCGAAUGUCUUCCUUCCGCUGUGGAAUCAGCCAAGAAAAUUCAAGAUGAGCAACGUGACUAUGGAAACAACGAUAUGGUUGUUAUUGAGGAAGACACAUUAGAUGGUUCGAAAUCUGAGAAAAGCCUGAGUGAAGAAGAGUCAGAAGAGGAUAACUGAUAAUUGAUACCUUAUAUUCACUUUUAGGCAGAAGACAAGAAUGGUAAUAUUUGGAAGCUUUCAAUGUGUUGGCUGAAAGGCAAAUUAAGAUCAGAGCUGAACAAAUCUGAUGGGCAGAGAGGGAGAGUAUUGCAACCCGGAUGGGCAGGCGUUUGUAGAAACGAAUUCAUGGAUAAUGUGUGUGUGUGUGUAGAAACUCAUAUCAGACAAUCACAAAACUCUGGGGAGUGCUGAAACUUCAUGUCUUGUAUUUUAGUAAUGAAUUGGAAGCUUAAAACUUUAAAAUACUCUUGAAGCUUAGAUUUCAAAUAUGUGUGUGUGUGUGUGUGUGUUUGAUGCAUAUAUAUGCAGACAUAUUGUUGGAGUUGAUGAUGAUGAUGAGUUUUAAGAAUUGAAGCUAAUUAAGAAGAUUGGUUUGCUUAAAGAAAGCAUAUAUCCCAGUGGUUGGUUUUGACAUUUUAGCUUUAAUUUGCUUUUUUAAUAGAUGUAAUGUAGCCUCUGAUCUGUUAGUUUGUGAAUCAUGCACGAUGUAUGUGCAAUGCAAUACUGAGUUCUAUUUUCUAUCCCUAUAUAUAUUCAUACUUA